AUGGACACUUCAAUGGACUCGAACUCGACCGUGCCAACGGAUCCACGAUAUGGAAAGCUUUUCGAAUGGCUUACCGGGGCAAGAGGCGUGCAGCUUGCGGAGACCAUCUCGGCGCAUGAGUUCCGGGAGACCGGCGAGGGCUGGGGGAUGAUCGCUCGGGCAGACAUCGGCAAAGGGGCCACCUUGUUCAGCCUCCCACGUCCUGGACCCUCAGUCAUCUCGCCCCUCCUCUCCGUCCAGACAUCCCGCCUGCUAUCAGCUUUGAGCCCCCAGGACCGCCAUCGAAUCGCAAGGAACUGGCUUCCCUUACUCCUCGUCUUGCUCUGGGAACGCGUCCAAGCCAUCCUCAAUCCUCAUGAUCCUCACAGCUGGGCUCCUUAUUUUGAUACCCUACCUAAAGAAUUUGAUACGCUAAUGUUUUGGAAUCAGCAUGAACUCGCUGAGCUAACUGGCUCUACCAUCUUAGAGAAGAUAGGAAAAGAAGAAGCAGAGAAGGAUUAUGAAACCGUGAUCAAGCCAGUGAUUGAAUCCAGGCCGGAUCUAUUUCAAGUUCCGGAGGGGACGAGCUGGGAGGAGAAUUAUGGGCUGGAGAUGUACCAUCGCAUGGGCUCCUUGGUCCUCUCGCGCUCGUUCCAUGUCGAAGCCGGCUCGACGGCAGACGAGGCUGGGGAUGAUGACCAUGAUAUUUCGAUGGACUCCGUCCCGAGUCUUGGCGCCGAAGCUGUCGGCAAUGGCCACUCACCCGAUUUGACACAAAAAACACUCGAUCAGCUCUCGGCUGCGGGGACGGAUGAUGAAGACGAAGAGAGAGAAUCUGUCGAAGAUAUCGCUAUGGUCCCAUUGGCCGAUUUACUUAAUGCCAAGACCGGGUCUGAAAAUGCUAAACUAUUCUACGAAACUGAUUGUUUGAAGAUGAAAGCGACGAGAAACAUUAAAAAAGGUGAACAGAUAUAUAACACAUAUGGAAAUCCGCCAAAUUCGGAUCUAUUAAGACGCUACGGACAUGUUGAUCGUCCCAACCAAUUUGAUGUCGUCGAGAUCUCUAUCAAAACUUGCCUCGAUGUUGCACAGUCUCAUCUUUCCUCUCAGUCACCAGCCUUGGCAUCAUCUGACCAACUCCAAAAUCGACUCGAUUGGGCCUUAGAAAUGGGAAUUGAUGAUGUGUUCGAAGUACCAACCAAGCUAGAAAGAAAGAAGAAUGGAAGCCCGUUGCUGCCCGAAGAAUUCACAUGUGUUUUGAAGAUUCUGGUGCUGUCUGGAGAAGAGUUCGAGGAACACAAAUCGAAAGAAAAGCUACCCAAGCCGAAGCUGAUUAACCCGGAUGUGAUCCUACUGGCCCAAAAAGUGAUCGAUCGAAGAAUGAAGGAUUAUCCGACUUCAAUCGAUGAAGACGAAAGAUUAUUGGAAGCCUUGCGUUCGACGAGCCAUCAAAACCGCACCGGUGACAGCGUGAAUCGGAAGAUCAAAGCAAUCAUUGUUAGGAAAUCCGAGAAAGAAAUCUUGCUCCGCCUGCAUGAUUCUUUGGUCCAGAAACUUGCAUCCUAUCAAGGCCAGGAUCAGAAUCUUUCAAAUAGUGGAAACCAUCAGUCUAAUCAAAAAAGGAAAAUCAGCUCCAAUCAGGAUCUUGAUCAUAGCAUGUCUGAAGGUCAUAAGUCAAGAAAGACUAGUUAA